AUGCCAAGUCGUCGUGUUGAAAGACCACGCAAGGACACUACGUCUCAUCAAGGGACAUCCGAAGGGAUCGCUUUGAAGAGAAGAAGACUACCCGACUCCUCUGCAUCAGAAUCAGAACAUGAUGUUCAGGAGCUGAGACCCAAGAGAAAUUCGGCCAGACAUGUUAUUUACAAUGAACAUGACUCAGAUUUCGAAGACAGCUCGGAUUCUGACGAUACGGUCGUGGAAAAGACGGAGAAUGAACAAAUUCAACAUUCUCAGAAAAGAAAGAGAAAUAACUACACGGAAGAACAGAGAGAGAUACUUCACGCAAUGCUUUCUCAAACUCAUAACCCGUCAGAAGAGCAGAGAAAAAAAUUGGCGGAAGAAACCAAUCUUAGCACCCGCCAAGUACGGAAAUGGUUUGAUAACAAAAGACAGGAAAAUCCAGAAUGGGUGAAGGCAAGAGAGUCCAAUCCAGAAUGGGUGAAGAGACGCGAAGGAAUACUCUCAGGCGAAAAGAAGCUGAGAAUGGAGCAAGUCUUUGCUAUAAACCGUCGACCAGAUAAGGAAACGAUUGCAGCAUUAGUGUCAGAACUUGGAAUAACCAAAGAAAAAGUCGAAGGAUGGUUUUCGACAAAAAGAUAUAGAAAUCCGAUCGCUGAGGAAGUUCCACUUUUACUUUGCGAAGAAGACGCGAAGCCAAUUUUAAUGGAGUUCUUUAAACGAAAUCCAAAUUUUCGAGACUACAAGAAUGCGGAAUUGAAGGAAAAAACAGGAUGGCCAAGACAUCGACUGAGAGAAUUCUUCGAGACAUCCCGACAAGAAAAUGGGAUCGUCGACUCUCCACUCACUUACGACAAAGCCGAACCAAUUCUUAGGCAGAUUUUAGUUGAAGAUCCUUUGUUUUCGGAUUACCAGAAUGUCGAAUUAAAAGGAAAAAUUCACUGGUCGAGUCGAAAAGUUGAGGAAUGGUUCCGUCGACAACGCCACUUGAAAAAACAGAAUCAAUUCACAACUGCCAUGGAAACAUUCUUCCAAACCCAGCAAUUUCUUGAAAAACCAAAUAAAGCUUUGGAAUCGGAAUCGGGAGGCACUCGGAGAAGAGUGAAUAUUGGAAUACUUUCAUAUUCUGUAAUUAACAAUUUACAGAUCUUCAACUGGCUGGAAAACAAAAGAAAAACUACGCUAGAAUCAUUUUUGAAAAAGGAAAUUAUGUUGAAUGAAAUGCCAAAGGAAAUGGCGACCUUCGAGAGACUCUACGAGAAGUACGAUGCACCCACGGACGAAGAUGUAAUUCUUUACAUCGAGAAAAAAGAGAAUGUGUCGGGCGAUAGCUUCACGGUUUAUUUGGUGGAGCGAUGGACCGUAGUGAAAAAGCUUCAGCCCGGAGACGUCAAUGCAGGGGAAGACGAUUUCGCUGAUCCACUCGACGAAGAGUAUCCCAAUGACCCGGAAUUCGACUACCAGAUGAAUGAACACCAAGAAGAGGAUGAUAUGGAGAGCGAAGGGUAUGAAAUUGGCACACCAGAUGAAGCUCUAUUAGAUGAAGACGUCAAAGAUUUAACACUUUUCGGAAAUCCGAGAGAAGAUUAUCAGAGACCACCGAUAGUGAAUCACAUCAAAAAUGAAGUUGAUGACUUCGGAGACGAAACCCAAAAUAUGCCACGAUUUGUUCCUGCUCCAGGAUAUCGAGAUCAAAGCCAGGAACUGGAUGUUGAAGAAAAGUUUAUUAGAAGCUAA